UGACUUUACCUGGUAUGGCCCUCCUACCCUUACUUCCACCCAACCCCAAAAGAGGCCGGAUUUCUUUUUGGCCAGAGGGGUGGUAUGGGACACGGGUAUGGAAUGUGAUCUGGUGGCGGAUAUCCUCUCGGAUCACUAUCCAGUAUAUAUGGAUAUUGUGGCCAGGGAACAAUUUGAAAAAGUCCGCCCACCAUUCCGAUUGAACGUCAAUGGAUUUAGACUCAAAUGGCAGCCUGGAUGGAGAUCAAGGAUUUGUUCCCUCAGGAAAAUAGGUGGGCAGAAGUAGGCCCGGGAAUUGUAUAAAAGCCCAGAAGGCGGUGGAAGAGACCGAACAAAAAGUGGGUCUUGUUUUUCAAUUUCUUCAGGUCAAAACAGAGGAGCUACCAGUAAUUCCUUGAGGCAUGCCCGUUAACGCGCCUCAGGAAACGUAUGGCACACUACAGGAGCGGUCAAAUUAUCGACUAGAAAUGUUUGUACUCUUUUUUUUUCUGCUGGGCCAAGUAUUGGUGGUUUAAGACGAGGGGCGUGAGUGGAUAUGACCGUAUGACGAAGUUCACAUUCAGGUCCUUGAUGCUCCAGCAGCCAGCAAUACAGAGGCAAUGUGUAAUUAUGCCCAAUGCCACUACAAGGACAUAGUCUCAACGAACAGGCCAAAUGACACCUGUGAAACAGAUUUUGCAUUGAUGUUCGUUUUUUGCGACAAGUUGAGGGUUACGUUAUCCCAGUCGGGUAACCUCGCCCUCGUAGCUGCAAGGCAGAUGGCCAAAUUAAAGUGUCCUGGGCUAGUUGGACUGUUAGUGGAAUUAUUUGUAGCACUGUGGGACUCCUUUGGCCCCUCUUUUUGGUUAGUUGUCCUGGGCUAAAGUUUUAGUAAGGUAUUGGUUACCGGUCACCUUCCAAAAAAUUGGUUAGUUGGAGUGGUUUCCUUGCUAUACAAGUAGGGUAAUAAAGGUGAAGAUAAAAACUUAUUUCGGUCUUGAAGUUACCCUAAAAGAUACUAGCGAAGGCUUUAACACUAAGACUAUCUAGCUUUCUACCAGGUCUAAUUUGCUGGGAAUGGGGUAGCCUUGGAGGUUUAACACCUAGACUAUCUAGCUUUUUACCAGGUCUUUUUUUUAAUAUUUUUUAUGUAUGUUUUUAACACAAGUAAACAACCCAAGAUGAUGCUAGGGGUGCUGAUAAGAGUAGACACCACUAGCAGUCUCGGGAGGGCCCAUCUAUUGGUGGGAAGCAACACCUGCUGGAAAGCGAGUCCAGCAUCCCAGAACCAUUCAAGCCUUAGAGGUCCUUGGGUGUGAGAAAAGGAAUGGUUCUAUACUAUUGCUGGACGUUGAAGAAGCCUAUGACAAAGUAGGUGGGGCUUGCGUUUAUCUGUGUCCAAGAUGGGGUUUGGGCAAGGGUUUUGUAAAUGGGUCAAAGCAAUGUAUGUAGAAUGCCACCUAAAGUAUUGGUAAAUGGGUGCCUAUCGGACUCCUUCCCAUCAUCUAGGUCCCUAAGACAGGAUUGCCCCGUCCCUGCUGCUCUUUGUUGUUCAGUUGGAAGUGUUGGUAAUGAACAUUAGGUGUAACGACCGAAUAGUGGGCAUCCAGCUCCCCCCUAAUAUCCAGUGUAAAGGGGGAGCUAUUGUGGAUGACCUUACAGUAGCUUGUGCAAACGAACCAUCCUCCCUUAAUGAGCUAAGGUUCUCAGAGGCUUCUAUAAAUUGGGAAAAAUCGGUGUAUCUUUUGCUCCCUAUUUGUUCACUGUGUGGAUUGUUCACAUUAAGAAGGUUAAACUAGCAAUACCUUUCCACUGGGUUUCAGCAUCGAGGAAAGACAAUUCAGGCCCCUCUGUACAAUCGGUAAAUGACAGUCAGGUGGUCUGGAAUGUAAUGGUCUCGGAAUUAAAUGCAGGGAUCAAAGUUCAGACAUGGGCGAGGGGUAACCGAAAGGGGAAGCGGUAGUAAAGACAUCAGUGGAUGCCCAAGAGAUCAGAGUUUGGGAAACGGACAAGAAAAAUAAGAAAGGGGCCAGACUCUUGCAGGUCGAAGUAAUAUUAGAGCGAGUGGUACCCAUGAUUACUGGAUGGUCCCCUCCGGAAGGCCAGGGAUGCCAGGUCGCCCUUCACCAGUGCAUUACGAAGGUAGGGAUCUCAGUACUGAGAGCUAAAAUAAAUAUAAAACCAAGAAACACUGCAAUGAAAGUGUUGCAGGACGCUGGCCAGACAUCUAUUAAAUAGGCGGAUCUUUUCAAACUCUGGAAGGCAUUGAAAAAGAUUCCUUUGCAGAAACAGGCCGCGUUGAUGUGGUUAGUCCCUUUAGGUGACUGACAACCACCUGGUGUAUCUCCAAAGGGAUGGAAGUUUCCUACAUAUGUACACGAUGCAGUUGGGACUGGGAAAACAGCACCUGGUGUAGCUUCCGCGACCAAGACCCCUGAGGAGUGAUUGUGACAACCACCUGGUGCAUCGCCAAAGGGACGUAAAUCUACGGAUCCUGUCAUACUGUGUGCAAUCACCAAGGUUGACGCCCCUUCAGGUAACUUCGAAGGAUGCUGAGUGUUAGUCAGUAGAUUUACGUAAUGAGGGAUUGAUGGAAGGAUUGAAAGGAAUAAUACGAGGCUUUUGUCCAUAAGUGUUUGAACCCAGCGAUGCUAGCUUGAGCUUCGAGAUUGAUUUUGAGAAGGGACGCUGGACCUGGUUUUGUAGGACGUCAUUUUGAGCUUCAAGAGU